CCCGAACGUAAAAUUCUGUUAUUUUGUUGAAAAUUUGGUCCUGAAAUUUGUUCAGCUUUCUGGCCAGCAUGUUCGAGUGCACACGUUGCCGCCAUAGAAAGGGAGCGCUCAGCUCUGAGCCAGAGUUCGAGUUGGUGGGACCCAAGAUGGGUCGAGAGGGUCGACACAUUAGGGGACUUUCGGACACUUGCCAGGUGUGCCAUUGCCUCACCUUCUUUGUGCAAGCGGCAGCCGAGGAUAGAGCCCGCAGUGUAUCUCUGUUUGAGUUUCAUGGCAUUCCGCGGCCGCCACUGCCGCCCUCGUCGCAGCACAUUCCCCAGCGCAGUGUGAACCCCUCCAGCUGCAGUCCAGGGGAGAACGCCGCUUCCGACAGCUCCGACAGCUCCGACAGCAGUGAGAGCAACCCCAACGUGGGCGGUGCUGCAGCAGGCGUGGAUCUGGUGCAGAUCAUGCAGAAAUUGACCAACAUAGAGCGUCGCCUCGAUGAGCUCGUGGCACUGAAAGGCGCAGCAGACGCCGAGGAGCAAAGAGACUUCGAGGAGCAGAAGAAUAUGGCCAAGGUGCCAGCUCGUGUGCGUGAAGCAGAGCCAGGGGAGCCUUUCCAGUCCAUUAACCAUUGAUUAUAUUUUUGGAAU